AGAGUUUCCUUCCAUUUCUGACAGUCUACCAACAUCGUUAACACAUAUAUAUUUCAAGAGGCUUCCUGUCGAAGUGCGUAAUGCAAAUAUCUUAGCUUCUCUUUCCGGCCCAAAGUUAACGUUCAAAAGCUCAGACACAGGAUUUGCCAAAUCGCUCGACAGAACCAUAAGCGCAGUUCUCCAUCUAAAACCAGGAUGUCGAGUCAUGCUCUUAUACAAUGUCAGUCAACAGUUACGAAAUGGAACCUGCGGUGAAUUUGUUGGCGUUGACCCGAAUGGUGAAGCACUGCUGGUGAAUUUUCCAAAGGUUGCCUUGGUUGCAAUACAGCGCAGAAUUUGGUACAAAUAUGACCUGACUCUUCAAAAUAAGGACGGAAUUUACAUAUUUGUACGAAAUAUGUAA